CUCAUUUGCGGCUUUUCAAGAUCCAUCACGUGCGACUUUUCACUAAGCUUCCUCUGGAGCAUUCGAGCACUGCUAUCGAAGCUGUAGGUCGACGAUCUGGAAUCGCUAAACCAUGCGCAGUGUGUUGGCGUGGAGUGACAAAGUGCCUGAGCGCAAUGGCGAGAAAUUUGUGGUUCAGGAUUUGGCAUUUCGACCUGACGGGAGUCAAGUUGUGGCUGCUGUGGGCACACGCGUGCUGGUGUACGACGCUGUUGAUGGCACCUUGCUGCACUCGCUAAAAGGUCACAAGGGGACAGUGUAUUCGGUGGACUAUUCGCACGACGGCAAACGCUUUGCGUCCGGUGGCGCGGACAACAUCGUCAUCAUCUGGACCGACAAGGCCGAAGGAAUCCUCAAAUACACACACAACGACAGUAUCCAGAAGUUGGCCUACAAUCCUCAGUCUCAAUGUCUUGCGAGCUGUACCGCGUCAGACUUUGGGCUCUGGGCCCCGGAGCAAAAAUCGGUGGCCAAACACAAGGUCGUGGCUAAAAUUCUGUCAGCUUGUUGGAGUAAAGAUGGCCAGCUACUGGCACUUGGUCUGCUCAACGGCAACGUGACGCUGAGAGACAAACAAGGAGCCGAGAAGAGGCUCAUCGAGAGAUCGAGUGCCCCCGUGUGGGCUUUGGCAUGGAGCCCGGCACUAGACGACGACUCUACCGACAUCCUCGCAGUCGGGUGCUGGGACCGGUCGUUGGCCUUCUACAGUCCCAGUGGCGUCAUGCAGGGCAAAGCUCGCAAACUCGCCUUCAAUCCCACCAGUCUCACGUACUUCAGUAAGGGGAAGUAUCUCCUCGUUGGCGGAACCAACCGGAAGGCUGGACUCUAUACCAAAGACGGUAUAUUCCUUGUCGGAAUUUGUGAGCAGGAGAGCUGGGUGUGGGCUAUCAAGGCUCGGCCCAAGACGAAUUUUGUGGGUGUAGGCAGCGAGGACGGCACGCUGUCCGUGUACUGCCUUGUGUUUGGUACUGUACACGGCAUCUACCAGGAGCGCUACGCGUACCGUGAACACCUUACCGAUGUGAUCGUCCAGCACUUAAUGACGGAGCAAAAAGUUCGAAUCAAGACCCGCGACUGCGUCAAGAAGCUCAGCGUGUAUAGAGAUCGUCUUGCAGUGCAACUGUCGGAUCGAAUCAUCAUCUACGAACUCGCGGGGAACAGCGCGACUAAUGCCAGUUACGACAUGCACUACCGAGUGAAAGAGCGCAUCACCAAGGACUUGCCCUGCAGUCUGUUAGUGGUCACGAGUUUGCACUUUAUCCUGUGCCAGAAGCAAAAGCUGCAGCAGUAUGAUUUUACGGGACGCAAAGAGCGCGAGUGGGUGUUAGAGUCGCUUAUCCGCUACAUCAAAGUGACGGGCGGUGCUCCUGGUCGAGAAGGUCUUCUCGUUGGGUUAAAAGACGGCUCCGUGUGGCAGAUUUUCAUCAAUAAUCCGUUCCCGAUCCCUCUCAUCCAGCAGAGCAGUCCCAUCUCCUGUCUCGACAUCAGCGCCAACCGAGAAAAACUUGCUGUCGUGGAUGACUCGCACAAAUGUCUAGUGUACGACUUGGCCACCAAGCAGCUUCUGUUCGAAGAAGGGGCCACCAACAGUGUGGCGUGGAACACUGAGUGUGAGGACAUGCUGUGUUUCGGCGGCAACGGACAGCUCAAGAUCCGAGCGGGACAGUUCCCAGGCCACACGCAACGCAUGCAGGGCUUCGUCGUGGGCUUCUCGGGCUCCAAAGUCUUCUCGCUCAGUGCGCUGAGUGUCCAGACGAUCGACGUGCCUCAGUCUGCGCCUCUGUAUCGCUACUUAGAGCAGAACGACUUCGCUCAAGCCUAUGCCGUCUCGUGUUUAGGCGUCACAGCAGCCGACUGGCGUUUGUUGGCGUGGGAAGCGCUCAAGAGCAUGCGCUUCUCCGUCGCUCGUAAGGCGUUCAUCCGAGUGCGAGACGUUCGCUACAUUGAGCUCGUGAACGCGCUAGAGCAGACGUGGAAGCAGCAGCUUCCUCAGAGUGAAGGUAGCAGCAACCAGGAGGGCGAAGAUGCUGGCGGAGAAGCGGGCAAGAAGGUCAGAGCUUUGCUCCAGGCUGAGAUCAUGGCGCAUCAGGGCAAAUUCCCACUGGCUGCCAAGUUGUUUGCGGACUGCGGAGAACCCGCACGCGCCAUCAAAAUGUUCGCAGAUCUCCGCAUGUGGGACGAAGCCAAGCGCUUUGCUACCGCGCGACAAGCCGGAGAUGUCCAGCAACUCGUGUUGGCACAAGCUCGGUGGGCUGAAGACGUGCAGGAUUGGCGAGCUGCGGCCGAAAUGUACGCUGCGAGCGGGAACUACGUCCGUGCUGGAGAGAUCCUGGGCGAACACGGCUGGCUCGACCAGCUCUUGGACCUCACACGCAAACCCGAAGCUGCAGAGUCCUCGCAAUUGCUCACGAUCGCCGCCAGCUUUUUCUUGAAAGGAGGCCAGUUCGCGAAUGCGCGUGACAUGUUCUUGAAGCUGGGAGACCUCGACGCGUUGCUGCAGAUGCACAUCCGACUGCAGGAGUGGGAAGAGGCCGUGCGCUUGGCGGACAGACACCGAGACAGCGUGCGUCGACCGGAUGAGGUCUUUGUGCCGUAUGCGCAGUGGCUGGUGACGCAAGACCGCUUCGACGACGCCUUGGAGGCGUAUACGCGAGCGCAGAGACCGGAUCAGUGCUGCAAGUUGCUCUGCCAACUCAUCGACAACGCAGUGAGAGAGCGUCGCUUCCGUGCCGCUGCGUACUAUCACUGGAGACUCUGCGAGCAGCAGAUGAAGACCGUAUUCUCCCCACAGCAGCAAGUGGAAGACGGCAAGGAGCUGAGUGAGGAGCAACGCUAUCGACUCGCAGAAGCCACGGAGAACGAGCUCUUGUCGGAGCUCUACUACGCGUACGCCAUGGUCUACGCCUUCACGGACGAGCCCUUCACCACUUUACAGCCCGAGUCGCUCUUCCACGCUGCUCGCUUCCUCCUCAACAAACUGUCAGCUCGAGGCAGCAACGGCAGAGCGGGAGGAGGCAACGGCAACGCAGCAGCGACGGCGCCUCCUCCUCCUGGGAUCUCGCUCAGCAACAUCUACUUCACUCUCGGACACCACGCACUGCAGCUCGAGAGCUACAAACUGGCGCGACAGGCGUACGAGAAACUGCUGCAGAUGCGGCUGAGACCGGACUGGCAGGCUGCUGUCGAGUGCACGGCCAUGACGCUGCAGGCUCGACCGUACGCCGAUCGCGAGGAGCUGCUGCCCGUGGACUACCGUUCGUCCACGGUCAACCCCCUGCUGAACCCCAACAACACUGGCGAUGUCUGCGUCAACUCAGGGCAUCCGUUCGUGCGCUCCUUCGUGUCGUUCGAGAAUCUCCCGCUCGUGGAGUUCCAGCCAGAGCCUGGUCUCUCGGACGCCGAGGCGGAGGAACUCAUCUUGAUGCAUCCGACCGACACGGGAGGCGCCUCCAAGCGAGCAGGCGACGGCUGGCGAGAGACCGACUACGGCAAUGGCCGUCAGAGCAUGAAACUCGACGACGACGAACCUCUGCGCGCCGAAGACGCGACCAAAGACGGCACGGACUUGUUCGAGCAGGCUCUCAACCGACAGGCGACGUACGGCUCCAGUGUCGGUCACCGCUCGGGGGCAGCUCACUACCGCGUGCUCCAACUGGACGCUCGCACUCUUCGCGCGCUCCGUCCGACCGAGGUCUUCAUCGUCAAGUACCCGACACGCGCGCUCCGCCCCAAAUACUACAAGAACAUGAUCCCCGAGAUCAAAAUCUACCUGUCGCCUCAGUGUCGGCGCUUCUUCCACGAAGAAGACUUCGAGUUCGAGUACCUCAAGGCUGGUCACUGUCCGUGUUGCCAAGUGCCGGAGCUCGCGGCGUUAAACCCACCGGCACCAGAACCCGAACUCGCUGCCAGUCCACUGAAGCUCAACAAGUGA